AUUCAGUUGAUAGCCAAAACAAAACUGAUAUUCACCCUUUCUUAUCCUUCCCCACGUACCAGAUUUCACCUCCUUCUUCUAUCCAAAAUAUUUUUUUCCUCUCCCAAAUAAGCAACAAUGGCGUCUGCUCUUUACCACCAAAAUAAUCCCUUAUUUCAUCAAAACAAUUAUAAUUACAAUUAUUUCUGUUACUCUACUUUUCUUCCACUAAAGAAUAAUAAUACUAACUACUCAGCUCGACUGCGUAAUACACUAAUCAAAUCUUCUAGGGAUAAAAACCGUACUGUCAUAUCCGAAACUUCUAUCGAUAAUUCCAAUUCUGAUUUGGGAGAAAAUCGGGUCAAGAGUCCGGAUCCUGACCUAGGAUCCGAUUCGGACCUUCCAUCCUCGUCAUCGUUGUUGGAUUCAGUCUCUUCCCUACUGGAAGAGCUGAAAUUUGAUGGAAUUGGAUGGGAGAUUAUGUCCAUUGCGUUGCCUGCUGCGUUAGCUCUUGCUGCUGACCCCAUUACUUCACUUGUUGAUACUGCAUUUGUUGGACAUUUAGGGUCAGUUGAACUGGCAGCAGUAGGCAUUUCGGUAUCAAUUUUCAAUCUCAUCUCGAAAUUAUUCAAUGUUCCUUUGCUCAACGUCACAACUUCUUUUGUUGCUGAAGAGCAGGCAUUAAUUGCUAAAGGUCGCUCACCUGAUUCACAAAGAAAAAUCCUACUUCCUUCAGUAUCAACUUCUUUGCUGCUUGCUCUUGGCCUUGGCAUUGCUGAAGCUGUUGGACUUUCUUUUGGCUCCGGUUUCCUAAUGAAUACCAUGGGUAUAUCUGUUGAUUCACCAAUGCGUGUACCAGCUGAGCAAUUCCUUACGAUGCGGGCCUUUGGAGCUCCACCAAUUGUAAUAGCACUUGCUGCUCAAGGAACAUUUCGUGGAUUUAAGGACACAAAAACUCCUUUAUAUGCUGUUGGAGCUGGUAACUUGCUAAAUGCGUUGUUGUCUCCAAUUUUGAUAUUUCCCUUUGGUCUUGGUAUCAGUGGGGCUGCAACUGCUGCUGUGAUAUCUGAAUACUUGUCUGCGUUUAUCCUUAUGUGGAAGUUAAACGAAAAAGUGCUUCUUAUUGCUCCAGACGUUGAUGUGGGAAGAUUUGCUCAGUAUCUUAAAUCUGGUUCCCUUCUAAUAGGGAGGACUUUAGCACUUCUAAUUACCACUACGCUAUCAACAGCAAUGGCAGCAAGAGAGGGCCCCGUUCCUAUGGCUGGUCAUCAGAUCUGUGUUCAAGUUUGGCUAGCUGUAUCAUUGCUAACUGAUGCCUUGGCACUUGCUGGACAGGCUCUCCUUGCCAGUGGAGUUUCUCAAGGUAAUUAUGGCCAAGCACGAGAAGUGGUUUAUAAAGUUCUACAGAUUGGUGCAUUGACAGGAGUCACCUUGGGUUUUAGCUUGUUUGUUGGUUUUGAAGCGCUCUCCGGCUUAUUCAGCUCAGAUUCUGAAGUCCUGGAAAUUGCCAGAUAUGGUACUCUGUUUGUUGCUGGAUCUCAGCCAAUAAAUGCCAUUGCCUUCGUUCUUGAUGGGCUCUAUUAUGGUGUUUCAGACUUCGAAUUUGCGGCAUAUUCUAUGGACCAAUUGGGAGGAAAAAGAUGGUGGAUUUGGAGUGUGUCCUACAUUAUGACCAACAAGAUAAAUAAUUCUCCUCAAUCUUCUUACUUGUGGCUGCGCCAUCAUUUGGUCUUCCUGGAGUCUGGGCGGGGCUUUUUCUCUUCAUGACUUUGCGUGUUGUAGCUGGAUUUGUGAGGUUACAAACAAGAGAUGGACCAUGGAAAUUUCUUCGGUCGGAUAUGGAAGAGGAUGGUGUCUGACUUUCAAUGAACAAGUGAUUGAUUAUCUAUAAAUGGUCGGAAAAGUCAAUUAGGCUUAUGCUAAGAAUGGAGUGAAUUGCUGAUCAUACCUUAUACAGGCUUUUUGCAGAUCUUGACAAAAUUGAACUCCUGAAAACUGGAAGACCAUUCUAUAGUACAGGCAUGUUGAUUUCAUCAGUCUCUUUGGCCUCUACUUAGGGGCUGAUGAUUUACGUUUGAGAAUGCUAUUGUGGAGGUUUCAAGAACAACCAUCCCUUUCAAAAACCUAUGAUCAAGCGACAUCAUCUCACUGACCAUUAGAAAUGUCUAGCAAAACUCCAACUUGGAAAAGUUUCCUUUCCUUUCUCCAUUUUGUAAAAUAAUUCAUAGAGAGAAGGCUAUGGAAUCGGCCAAGUGAUACUUGUAAAGUUGAACAGCUUAUUUGACGCAUACAAUUGUAUACUAAUGUAAAAGAGUAUCAUUCUUCAUGUACUCUUUCUUUCUGGAUAAGUUUGCCCUGCA